GAACCAGGUGAAGAAGCUAGGGUCCGAGAACAGGUUGAUGGAUCAAGCUGUUCUGUCAACCCUGAGGUCCCGUGAGGGAGAAGAACCCUGGUCCCUGCCCCAUGGGAGGCCCAGACAUGAUGGAAACACACCCAGAGCCUCGCAAACCCUCAGAAACAAUUGGAGUGCAGAGUGGGCAGCUGAGCCUUGAGUAAACUCUGGCUGUAGAAAUGGAGAAGAGUCCAUCGGGAAAGACUCCUUGGUGGCAGCGACGUGGCUGUGCCCCAGGCUUAUCCACUGGGGCCCCUCCAUGAGCCUGCCAGUGCCCUGAUGGAGCCCCAGCCUUGCGCUCGAAGCGUGGCUGAGGACUUCCUGGAGGAGGAGCUGCGGCUCAAUGCUGAACUGAACCAGCUGCAGUUCUCAGAGCCUGUGGGCAUCAUCUACAAUCCUGUGGAGUAUGCAUGGGAGCCCCACCACAGCUAUGUGACCCGCUACUGCCAAGGCCCCAAGGAAGUGCUCUUCCUGGGCAUGAACCCCGGGCCCUUUGGCAUGGCCCAGACUGGGGUGCCCUUUGGGGAAGUGAGCGUAGUCCGGGACUGGUUGGGCAUUGGGGGACCUGUGUUGACCCCACCCCAAGAGCACCCGAAGCGACCAGUGCUGGGACUGGAGUGCCCUCAGUCAGAGGUGAGCGGUGCCCGGUUCUGGGGCUUUUUCCGGAACCUCUGUGGACAGCCCGAGGACUUCUUCCGUCACUGUUUUGUCCACAAUCUGUGUCCUUUGCUCUUCUUGACUCCCAGUGGGCGCAACCUCACUCCCGCCGAGCUACCUGCCAGGCAGCGAGAACAGCUUCUUAAGGCCUGUGACGCGGCCCUCUGCAGGCAGGUGCAGCUGCUGGGGGUGCGGCUGGUGGUGGGAGUGGGGCGCCUGGCGGAGCAGCGGGCACGGCGGGCUCUGGCAGGCCUGACGCCUGAGGUCCAGGUGGAGGGGCUCCUGCACCCCUCCCCUCGGAGCCCACAGGCCAACAGGGGCUGGGAGGCAGCGGCCAAGGAGAGACUGAAUGAGCUGGGGUUGCUGCCGCUGCUAACGAAAUGAGGGCCCCUGUGGCCUGGCACAGGACAUGUGCAAGGCCCCCAAGUCAUCCCGGGGCAAGCAGAGGACUAUACGCCCCCUGGCCUGGAGCCACAGGGUCCUUCGGGGCUCCCUGGUUGCUGGGA